UUGGGCUUUAGGUCAAAUUCGGGUACCCGAUUUAACGAGUUGGGUUUAUAUAAGAAAUCGCAACCAUUUUUGAAGCGAAUACCAAGGAGGCGAGGAAGAAGAAACCCUCUCGGCGGUAACAACAACUCGCAAAUCAACCACAUCAAUGGCGAAGCAGAUCCACGAGAUCAAGGAUUUUCUUCUGACGGCGCGUAGAAAGGACGCGAGAUCAGUGAAAAUCAAGAGAAGCAAGGAUGUGGUGAAGUUCAAGGUUCGUUGCUCGAAGUAUUUGUAUACACUCUGUGUGUUUGAUACUGACAAAGCUGAUAAGUUGAAGCAAUCUCUUCCUCCUGGUUUGAAUGUUCAAGAUCUGUAGAUCAGAUUCCACCGUUUAGUUCUGUUUUACUUUUAUGAAACUUCAAUGUUGAAACCCUAGGUUUUUUUGACUGUGUUAUGUAUUGGUAAUUGCUAUUGUUAUAUGAUGAUGAUGAUUGUUAUGUUGCUGCUAUGAGAUUUGAAGAUGUUUGGUUUUCAUGAAGAUGUUUGAUGAUUGUUAUGUGCACUUGCCCUUAUAAUUACACUGAAUUAUGUCAAUUUUUUUAAA